AUGAGGAAACAGGAGGUGCGGACGGGCGGGGAGGGCAUCCAGGCACGUGGUACUGGCUCUCCAGCUGAGCAGGUGAAGGCCCUUGUGGAUCUGCUGGCCUGGAAGAGCAGUCAAGGAGGUCAGACCCUGGAGACCUCUGAUGGAACACCUGACUUUCCACUGGGACCCCACAGCAGUGAUUCAAGGAUACACAGGCACCGAGAGGCCCUGCUGGGCAGAGUGGGAGGCACUCCAGAGCUGGGUGGCCCUGUGCGCCGGCUGGCCAGCCUCCUGCUGGUGGAGGGCCUAAGUGACCUGCAGCUGCAGGAGCACGACUUCACGCAGGUGGAGGCCACUCGUGGAGGCCAGCGCCCUGCUAGGCCAAUCGCCCUGGACAGGCUCUUCCUGCCUCUGUCCCAGGUGUCUAUCCCACCUCGCAUCUCCAUCACUGUUGGGGUGGCCGGUAUGGGCAAGACCACCCUGGUGAGGCACUUUGUCCGCCUCUGGGCCCAAGGGCACCUCAGCCAGGAAUUCUCACUGGUGGUGCCUUUCACCUUCCGGGAUCUCAAUGCCUAUGAGAAGCUGUCUGCAGAGAGACUCAUCUGCUCUGUCAUCCCAAACGCUGGGGAGGCCAGCCUGGCAGUGACAGCCCCAGCCAGGGUCCUCCUGGUCCUGGACGGCCUGGAUGAGUGUAAAAUGCCUCUGGACUUCUCCAACACUGUGGUCUGUACAGACCCCAAGAGGGAGAUCCAAGUGAACCAGCUGGUCACCAACAUUGCGGGCAACCUCUUCCCAGAAGUUUCUGUCUGGAUCACCUCCCGUCCUGGAGCAGCCGGUCAGAUCCCAGGAGGCCUAGUGGACCGGAUGACUGAGAUCCGGGGCUUUACUGAGGAGGAGAUCAAGGGGUGUUUAGAGCAGAUGUUCCCUGAGGACCAGACCCUUGUGGGCCAGAUCCUAAGCCAGGUGCAGGCUGACAGGGCCCUGUAUCUGAUGUGCACAGUCCCAGCCUUCUGCAGGCUCACAGGCACGGUACUAAGUCACUUGUUUCGCAGCAGGGUGGCACCCCAGGACCCAGAGUUGUGGCCUCCACAGACCCUGUGUGAGCUCUACUCAUGGUACUUCAGGAUGGCUCUCGGCGGGGAGGGUCAGGAGAAGGGCAGGGUGAGUCCCCGGAUUGAACAGGUGGCCCAUGGCAGCCGCAAGAUGGUGGGGACACUGGGCCGAAUGGCCUUCCACGGGCUAGUCAAGAAGAAGUUCGUGUUUUACGAGCAAGACAUGAAGGCCUUUGGUGUGGACCUGGCUCUGCUGCAAGGUGCUCUGUGCAGCUUCUUCCUGCAGCGGGAGGAGACACUGGUCUCCUCAGUGGCCUACUGCUUCAUCCACUUGUCCCUGCAGGAGUAUGUGGCAGCUGCAUAUUACUACAGUGCAUCCAAGAGGGCCAUCUUUGACCUCUUCACUGACAGUGGCAUGUCCUGGCCCAGACUGGGCUUCCUCACGCACUUCAGGAGCGCUGCACAGCAGGCCAUGCAGGCCGAGGACGGGCGGCUGGAUGUGUUCCUGCGCUUCCUCUCAGGUCUCCUGUCUCCGAGGGUCAAUGCCCUGCUGGCUGGCUCCUUGCUGACUCAGGGUGAGCACCAGGGCUACCGAGCUCAGGUGGCCAAGCUUCUGCAGGGCUGCCUGCGCCCUAACAUGGCAGUGUGUGCCCGUGCUGUCAACGUCCUGUACUGCCUCCAGGAGCUACAGCACACGGAGCUGGCUUGCAAUGUGGCAGAGGCCAUGGGGAGUGGUGCCCUGGCCAGUCUCACCGGCCCCUCGAACCGUGCUGCCUUGGCCUACCUCCUGCAAGUGUCAGACACCUGUGCCCAGGAGGCUGAUCUGUCCCUGGGCCUUGGCCAGGGUGUCCUCCAGAGCCUGCUGCCCCAGCUGCUCUACUGUCAGAGCCUCAGGCUGGAUACCAAUCAGUUCCAGGACCCCAUGAUGGAGCUGCUGGGCAGCAUGCUGAGCGGGAAGGACUGUCGCAUUCAGAAGAUCAGCCUGGCUGAAAACCAGAUCAGUAACAAAGGGGCCAAAGCUCUUGCCAGAUCCCUCUUGGUCAACAGAAGUCUGACUACUCUGGACCUCCGCAGUAACACCAUCGGACCACAGGGAGCCAAGGGGUUGGCUGACGCUCUGAAGAUUAACCGAACUCUGACCUCUCUGAGCCUCCAGAGCAACACCAUUAAGGAUGAUGGUGCCAGGUCCGUGGCUGAGGCCUUGGCCACCAACCAGAUGCUCUGUGUGCUGCACCUGCAGAAGAAUAGCAUUGGGCCUCUGGGAGCUCAGAAGAUGGCAGAAGCCCUGAAGCAGAACAAGAGUCUGAAGGAGCUCAUGUUGUCCAGUAACAGUAUUGGUGAUGGAGGUGCAAAGGCCCUGGCUGAGGCACUGAAGGUGAACCAGGGGCUGCUGAGCCUGGACCUGCAGAGCAAUUCCAUCAGUGAUGCGGGACUGGCAGCACUGAUGGGGGCCCUCUGUGCCAACCAGACCCUCCUCAGCCUCAAUCUGCGGGAAAACUCCAUCAGCCCCAAGGGAGCCCAGGCCCUGGCCCAUGCUCUCAGCAGCAACACCACCCUGAAGCACCUGGACCUGACAGCCAACCUCCUCUAUGACCAGGGCGCCCAGGCCAUCGCAGUGGCAAUGAGAGAAAACUGCGCCCUCAAGUCCCUACACUUGCAGUGGAACUUCAUCCAGGUGGAUGCUGCGAGGGCCCUGGGACAAGCACUCCAGCUCAACAGCAGCUUGACCAGCUUAGACUUGCAGGAGAAUGCCAUCAGGGAUGAAGGAGCCUCUGCACUGGCCACUGCGCUGAAGGUGAACACAGCCCUCACCGCUCUCUAUCUCCAGGUAGCCUCCAUUGGUGCCCCGGGGGCUCUGGCGCUGGGGGAGGCCCUGGCUGUGAACAGAACCCUGGAGAUUCUCGACUUACGAGGAAAUGCCAUUGGGGUGUCCGGAGCUAAGGCCUUGGCGAAUGCUCUGAAGGUGAACUCCAGUCUCCGGAGGCUCAGUCUUCAAGAGAACUCCUUGGGAAUGGAUGGAGUGAUAGGUGUCGCCAUGGCUCUGUCUGGGAAUCAUGGGCUACAGCACAUCAAUCUCCAGGGAAAUCACAUUGGGGAAUCCGGGGCUAGAAUGAUCUCAGAGGCUAUCAAGACAAAUGCUCCCAUGUGCACUGUGGAAAUGUGAGAAAAGUUCCCAGUGUACAGGGCAGGACAGGCAGAGACUCAGGUGGAAGCUUUUGAACAGAAAGUGCACUCUCCAGGUGCCUCCUGAGACCUGGGAAUGCUGCCGAGCCAGUAAGACAGCAGGUGCAGAGAGAAAGGAAAGACAUUGUCAAAAGAGAUUUUGGGCACUGCUUCUGCCCAGGGUCAGUCCCAACAGGGGCGCAUGGACAUUCUCCUGUUACACAGAGAAGGGAAGUAGCUGCUGCCAAGACUCAGGACAAAGGCCCUCAGAACAAAAGGUCAACAGUGCAGGAAGCUUGUGGACUUACACCGUGCACUAAUGUCCCAAUUAAAACAACCCCAACACCAACACCAAACCUGUAUCGCUGCCCGUUUCCACUGCCUUGGUUAUCGUCAUCCCUUGCUCUGAAAUAAGCUGCCAUUUUCAAGCCCAUUAAGAGCUUCAGCUUGGCAGGGGUGAGAGUGGAGGCCAUUCUCCCUUUUCUCAAGAAGAAAGUUUUAAGGUCUGAUCCUUAGAGACUUACAGAAAUACUACGGGAAAUUUGUGAAGAUAAAUGAAGGGCUUAAUUCUAAUAUUCCGGAGACACAGGCAAGUCUCCAAGGGCUCUGCCACUUUUCAUUCAUUACAAGCUCUCUAAAACAUGCAUGCUGUCGGCCUGUGUGAUCUGGAUCCUGGCACACUGGUUAUCAAGAGCACAUCAAAUGUUGAUGCCUAGGGCUGGGGAUUUAGCUCAGUGGUG